AUGGCGCACAGGGCUGCCGUUCUGCUCGCGGCUGCCGCGAUGUGCGGGCUGGGACUCCUGGGGGUGCACGCUCAACUCCCCGACCCGGUCGGUGUGAACUCCGGGAGCGCUUCUCAGAUCGCCACGCCUGCGCCCGAAGGCGGCCCCGAAAAGCUGAGCUUCGUUCCUGACUUCUGUCCAACGGGCCCAGCGAGCGACACAACGGAAAUUGAUGAGGAGCAGAGGUGGGCAGUCUUCGACCAGCUUGCGACACACGAAAUCUGGAACGUUCUCGAGUUUUCAGUGGGCGAGAUGGGAUGGUUCCAUCUCUUGAACUCGAGCUACAAUUCAACGGAUGAGCUUCCCGGUCCGUUUGACGACAUCAUUUUCCGUGUGGAGGUCCUUCCGCCGCCAAAGCAAGAAGCUUUGGCAUAUUUGGACGGCGCAGGUCCCCGACCUGACAGAUUCGCAAGGGUCGCAGUCAUCAGAGGUUCUGCGACACCGAGAGAUGUCAUGGAGUACAAGGUGGGGCCUCUCCCAAUUGCUGCAAAUGGCGAUUCUGGAGAAGGUAAAUUCGAACGAGUCCAACAAAAUUUAAGCCCCAGGCCUGAUGUUUUGGUGGAGAAGCUACGGAAAGAUGGGCAAAUUCCCUACAGCAAGAGGCCAACGGAAUUCGUCACGGAAUUUCAUCUCGAUACUGUUGUUUCGAGAGAAGCCUUGUUCCUCAGAGAUAUAUUCAAAGAUACCACAGGGAAGUGCUAUGGGCGAGAGGCUGAACAUUCCGAAGGUGUAGAAUGUGGCAGGGAAGACAUGAAAUGGCUUGGGUACCCUGCCUUACACGCGAACGAGUCAAAAAGAGUCACCCACAUUCACUGGUUCUUUUCGCCGCAUCGAACAAGAGGCGAAGAGUUUGAGCUACACGGUGUUCCCAUUAGUUUCAAAGUCGACCAGUCCGCAGCAGAUCCAGCAGAUUGGUUCGCCUUCGAUUUUGAGUACUGCCAUCAGGGUCCAUUCAAGACAUCUGCAAGCCUGCUGGAAGCCUACACAUCUGGGGAGCUUGUUAAAUGUUAUUCAGAUGAGUGGAAGGACCCAAAGUACGAUGUUAGGUGGGCAACAACAAGCGACCGCCAGCGCUUCCGCCCUGGAUCUGAGAAGUCGGGGCCAAGGACAUUUCAGCCGGACGGGCGGCGGUUCAAAAUGACAACCAGAAGGGGUGGCGGAGGAGCUCGAUUUGAGUGGCUGGGGUGGCAAGGUCACGUUGGAAUGAGGCUCGACAGCGGUAUUACCCUGCAUGACAUAAGAUUCAGGGGCAACCGCAUUUUGUAUGAGCUCUCCUUGCAAGAGCAGUACGUGGCUUACAGCGGGUACCAAGGCGGAGGUCAGGUGGUAUACUUCGACAGCUACUUUGGAAUUGGUCUCAACAGCUUCCCACUGAAGAGGGGCCUUGACUGCCCGGAAGGCGCAGAGUACGUGUCUGUCACCAAGAUGCACGGCGGCGGCGAGGUAGAGGAGGUGCCUGACGUCAUAUGCGUCUUUGAGGAGGAUGCACAGGCUACCGAGUGGCGGCACACACACCUGGGAGGACCGCGGGGUUUUCCCCGGCUGGAUGCUGUUCGAAGAUCCACGCUGGUGAUCCGGACUGUCUCGACCAUCGGCAACUACGACUACAUUUAUGAUGUGCGCGUGAGACAGGACGCCAGCGUGGAGGUGGAUGUGAACAUGGCUGGGUACAUGGAGUCCACUUUCUUUGGGCCAAAUGGAGAGACCCUCAAGGAUGUGCCCUUCGGGACUCGCGUGCACCAGUACACAUUCGCAAAUCUGCACGAUCAUCUGUCGGGUUGGAAGGUGGAUCUGGACAUACUGGGCACGCAAAACAGCAUCGUGAAGCAUGAAAUCAAAGUGGGUACCUGGGAGGAAGCCCUAAAAACAGUGGACCCCGAUGCCAAGGCCCCAGGCUGGCACACAUCUCCGGUGGUGAAGUACGUCGACACCAGCACUGUGCCCGAAGAAUUUGGAUACAAGAUUGAGAACUCGGGUACAUGCGUCUGGACGGUCGUCAACGACGUCAACACCAACAGAUGGGGACAACCUCGCGGUUACGCCAUCGUGCAUGGGGUGACAACCUCCCAACUUCUGCCCGAUAGCCAUCCCUUCACCAAGGCUGGCGCAUGGACGAAAUACCAUCUGGCCGUAACAAAACGAAGGGACGAAGAAUACCAGGAGAGCCUGGGAAUCUAUGACAUGAACAUUCCCGGCCAACCAGUCGUUUCAUUGGACGACUGGAUCAACGGAGAAAGCAUUGUGGAAGAAGAUUUGGUUGCCUGGGUGAUGGUUGGUCUUCUCCACGUUCCUCGGUCUGAAGAUGUUCCAUUAAUAUCAAACUUUGGAACAAGUUUCUUCAUCAAGCCGUGGAAUUACUUCGAGGAGCUUCAAUCCAUGGAUGUGGCCAACAAUUUCGCGUUCGAGGCUUGCGUGCCACACGGCGGGCGGCAUUUUGACUACCAUUGGGCGUGGGAUCCUCAGCCCUGA